CCCUGUCAAAAUUAUAUUUUCAAAAUUCAUUCAAUUCAUUGUUUUGAUUUUUCCCAUAUUUCUGGUUUUCCAAUAUAAAAUCGAGGUCUUUUAUUACGAUUUACAUUAAUCAUUAAAUACUCAUUUAAAAAAAGGAAAUAAAUAUAAAAAUAAAGUUAAAUUCUUUUCUCCUAUCGAUUAAAUGUCACAAAACAUAACCUAAAAUUUGAUUGUUGUUCCCAUUGUUUCUGGCGCAGUUUUUCGUUAUAAAAAUAAAGUACGCGUUAUAUUCGUUGAUUUUUAAAACGCUGGGGGGUGGUGACUGACCUAAACGCGAAUUGACCGCAGUCUUUCAAAACUAAAUCUAAGGAAAUGAAGUACUGUCUACAAAUAAUAUUAUCAUCAGCUGUUUUCCACCAUUGACUCUCCGCAGUAAACAAAGAGAAUAAAUAUGGAUUCUGAUGAAAGUGUUAAGGGAAAUAAAAAGAAUGUCGAUGAAGAUGAGGAACAAUCAUCCGAGGAAUCGUUUGUGAUUAAUCCAAUCGACAAUUGGUUUUAUAUGCCAGAUUCAAUUUUACUCAGCAUCUUCCGGUACCUAAAUCCAAAGGAAUUGCUAACUGCUGGCGAAGUCUGCAAGUCUUGGAAUCGUGUCUCAAAAGAUGAAUUUCUCUGGAAGAAUCUUUUGUAUCUUACAUUUAAAAUUGAUCCAAGCAUUGGAAUUGUUCCAGGUAAAAAUUCCUGGUUAGGUGAAUUUAAGCGAUUGGCUUAUCACACACCUCUUUUGGAAACUGAAGUUCUAAAGGAACAUGCUCAUCAAGUUUUACACGUCAGUUUCUCUCACAAUGGAAAAUUAUUUGCAACAUGUUCAAAGGAUGGUUAUAUUGUUGUUUGGGAUAGUCAGUAUCCAGUGACAAUUAAAUAUCAACACGAUAUGAAGACAUUUAGAUGGAGAUACACUCAAUUCUCUCAGUUCAAUUCAACGGACACUCUUCUUCUCGUUUCUGGUGUUCAUUUCGGAACACCGCACACGACUUCCGGCGAAAUAGCCGUCUUUCGUGUCGCACCUGGCUUUGAUUUACAGUGUAGAAUCGUGAAUAAACCGUACGACAUAUUUGGCACUUGGUACAGUGAACGUUAUCUUUUAAGCGGCGAUGUUUAUUGGCUCGCUCAUUUAGUCAGUUCAAGUGUACUUUGGCUCAAUAAGGCCAAUCAAGAAUCAGCGAGCGAACAUGUUCCCAUUAUGAGUCAACUUUAUAAAUUUUAUAAUGGAAAUGCGGCUUCAAUACGGGCAAUAAUGGUCGCCGAUUGUUUAUCGCCAGCUCCUAAGGAAGCCGAGGAUUCACAGGAUCAGCCAUCGACAUCGUUAAUGCACGAGGAGAAAGGAAAUCCACCGAGUCAUCGGGAUUUAUCAUCAACGUCAGUAAAUUGCUCACCACCUCCAGAACAACCGGAAGUCCUACACCACGCAUCUUCAAGAUUACAAUACAGUACACUUGAAGGUGGAUUUAUGAAUUGGCGAAAACUUGGCGAUGGUUUUGAAUAUGCAAAACCGAUUCGAUAUAAUAAAGAAUAUCGUCAGGUGGAAAUGGAAAGGGACAUAGCGGAAAGUGACAGUGAAAGUGAAGACAAAGAGGAUGAUGAAGAUGAUAUUGAUGAUGAUGAAAAAGAAGAGGAGGAAGAAGAAGAAGACGAAGAAGAAGAAGCAGAAAAUUCCCAACUUGAAGAAGAAAGUGAAUCUGAGGGAUCGUCAACUGCCGAGGAUUGUGAUUUUGAUGAAUUAAACGACAAUCCAGAGAAGUUUCUUAUUUUCGCAACCGGCUCGAAAACUUAUACACCGCAUCAAGUUGGUUUCAAGAGAAUAAAACCGGUGAAUUUUCCCCGACGACUCGAUCCUGGACCGUCAUUGCGUGAAAGAUUGGCGCAACGUGAACGAGAACGGGAAGUGUCGCCUAGACCUGAACCAAAUUGGCAGGAUUACGAAUCAGUUGCCGAUAAAUUCGAUAAAGUCGAUCAUCUCAUUGAUCUGCAUGGACAUAUUAUUGGAAUGGGACUCUCUCCCGAUCACAGAUACCUUUAUGUAAAUACGAGACCUUGGCCAAGAGGGUACGUCAUUACUAAUCCCUUACUACCGCCGCCGAUUGCUCAGGAAAUUGAUAUUCACGUUAUUGACCUGGUCACGUUAAAACAAGUUGGGACUAUGCUAAGAGCGCAUAAAGCUUACACACCAAAUAAUGAAUGCUUCUUCAUUUUUCUCGACGUGUGCAACGAAUAUGUCGCAAGUGGCGCUGAAGAUAAACACGGAUAUCUUUGGGACAGGCACUAUGGCGUUUGUUUGGCAAAAUUUCCCCAUUCAGAUGUGGUGAAUUCGGUUGCGUUUAAUUCCCGUGAUCCAGAAAUGCUGGUGACAACGAGCGACGAUUAUACGGUUAAGGUCUGGCGAAGCAGAGCAAUGGUGAAAACAUUGGGAUUGAAUGAAGAAGAUCUUAAUCGAGGUCUUGAGGUACGCAAAAGACGAAGGUAUCAUAAAAGUAAUUGCAACAUUGACUGACUAAAAACCAUCCAAUUUCCAAUUUAAAAACCAAAUUUUCAAUAUCAAUAAAAUGCGAAUUUUAUUUUCAAUAUUUUGUUGCAAUCGUUUUAAACGAAUAAAUAUUUUUUUUUAUUUCGA